AUGGCUACUCGCAUACGAUUCGAGAACAGUAACGACAUUGGAGUCUUCUCCAAACUCACAAACGGGUACUGCCUAGUGGGCAUCCAGGGCAGCACCAACUUCUACUCCGCGUUCGAAAGCGAGCUCGGCGAUGUCAUCCCCAUCGUACACACAAGUAUUGGGGGGACUCGCAUUGUAGGCAGAUUAACGGCGGGUAACCGCCACGGCUUGUUAGUUCCCUCGACUACCACUGAUCAGGAACUGCAACACCUCCGCAAUUCACUGCCUGACACGAUAGCCCUUCAGCGGGUGGAAGAACGGCUUUCAGCCCUCGGGAACGUCAUCGCCUGCAACGACUACGUCGCCCUCGUCCAUCCAGAUGUCGAUCGUGAAACCGAGGAGAUCAUCGCCGACGUCCUGAAAGUAGAAGUGUUCAGGCAGACCGUGGCAGACAACGUCCUGGUGGGCAGCUACUGUGCGAUAAGCAACCAGGGCGGGCUCGUCCAUCCGAAGACGAGCAUUAGUGAACAAGACGAGCUGAGCAGUCUCCUGCAAGUUCCCCUGGUGGCAGGAACUGUGAAUCGCGGUUCUGACGUGAUCGGGGCGGGUCUCGUGGUGAACGACUGGUGUGCAUUUACAGGGCUGGACACGACGGCGACCGAGAUCAGUGUGAUAGAAGCUGCCUUCAAGUUACAGGGCCAAGAGUCAACUGCAGUUAUUGGUGAGAUGCGAGAUUCUCUGGUGGAUGCUUGGUCUUAA